UGUACUUUACGUUGUCUAGGAGGCCCUGCAGCAUGGCAUCUUUAAGGAUUCUUCUCGGCAGUCUUGCAUUACUUGGUAUCCCGGCGUUUGUAUUUUGUGGUGAGUGCUGCAAGGCCCAUUAUGACCUCCGCUUACAAUACAAUGAUGAGAAGUGGUGCAGCAACUAUUGUUGCGAUCAGAUAGUGAAGUUUGACUGUUGCGACAAUGGCCUUUUACAAGUACCAUCUAGUGAGAGAACCGACUACUGUGUUGAUUAUUUCCACAGUAAUGGGUGGGCGGCUGCACUGAUCGUCAUAGGAAGCAUCGCCCUGAUUGUUGGUCUGUGUGUCUGUUGCUGUAAAGCAUGUUGUUGUAGGAGCCAGUCGGUGGGCGUGCAAGGAGCCAACCCAGGUGUUACUGUGGUCAAUUCCGCGAUGCAGCAGACAGUGAAUCCAAACCACACGGUGCAGCAACAGCCGGGGUAUCCCGUGAACCAGGUCCCGAGCUACCCAGCCUAGACGGAUUUUUCCUCCCAAAGUGAUCAGCUAGGGAAGACUUUCAGUCACUUGGAACUUUUGUAUGAAACAAGUUUAGCUUUUUAAAAAAGCUUACCGUCUUUAGAGCAAACUCUUAACAGCAAGAAGAUAUCAAAGACAAUUUAAUUAUUUUUUAUAUGAAUGUCGCCUUCUUCUCUAUGCAAUAGCGAGCCUAACUUUUUUUUAAAAUAUGUCCUUUUAAAGCAUGCGUGCUUAAAAUUGAAUUAUUUAUAGCGUGUUAUUUUUUUGAAAUCGACUGUAGCAGGUAAAAAUAGAUCUUAGGAAGGGUUGUAUAACUGUAGUAAAAUCAAAUUUAAUACAACUGCAUUCAGUAUCAUUCAGUUAUACUGAUAUUAGUUUCACCGUUUCUAAUAUACAAACUUGUUUACUGAUAUUAGCCAUACCUAAUGAAAUUUCAUUGGUAUUUGUAUAAUCAAAACAAAAAGAAAAGAACAAAUUAUUUCAAGAAAUGUUACAGGAUACUGCUUUAACUAGUUAAAAGAAAUUGAAUGCCCGAAUUUCACUUAGAGCCAUUUUUAUUGUUCUUUCGUUUUCUCACUUUUUAAGAUUUGAAAUCUACGAAAAUUGUUAAGUCGUACGUAAAAACAAUCAUCAGAAAAUUAGCUCCCUUGUGCCGAACAGUAUAUCACCCAAUGAAAUAAUUGUAAAUUUUCACAUCAUGUAUUUUCUACCAAUUACAAAGGAGAGGAAGUGCACAGCCCGGAGACUGUAAAUUAUUUCAACUCUUUAUACCGUCUUCCUUGGAAGACGGUAAUGAAUUGUUUAGUAGUGAAUGAAUAUUGUCAUCUGCCAGUUUAAUAUAUUUAAACUAAUGAAAGUACAUGCAACUGUGUUUUACAAUUCUUUAACCACUUGCAGUUGAUUAUGUUAUGUUUAAUUUCUAUAUUCAUUCGUUUCUUGAUCAUGUAUUGUUGAUUAUUUAAAUUAAUAAUAUUUUUUUACUUUUAUAUGUACUAAGUAGUCUUGGAAUAAUAAACAAUUUAACAAGUGUU